AGUUUCCGUCAUCGUUCGGCGCUGCUCGUUAUCGACCCCUUUCACUGCGGCUCCAUCGCCGAGCGGACUGGCCCGCUGCUCUCAUCCGAGACCUCAGCUCCGACUGUCGGAUCUAUUGAAGCACCAGCGCCGGCUCCCUGAAAGCCUCCAGAUCCGGUCCAAAUGCAGGCGAUCAAAUGUGUGGUGGUGGGCGACGGGUAAGAGCACAGAAACACGGCGGCAGCAGCAUUAUUACACGGGGAGUCAGUGGAGAGUCCACGGGUGGAUGGAUGAUGGGAGGAUGCUAUGUAGGAAAAUGGGCUUGGGCUCAGCGAUCUGUCGCUCGUCCUGCUUUUCUGUCGUCUGUUCGCCGGUGCAAACGGCACAUUUUCUCUGCUGUUUGCUUCGUGUUUGCACCAGCAGCACUCGGGCGUCUCUUCGAGGCAUUUCGCUGGUGGGAGCGGGGCGCCUCCUGAUGCUAUUGGGGAACACCUACACGCCUCGUAGGCCACUGGAGGCAGGCUGAAGUGCUGAUGCACGCUGAGGAAUUUGUGGCCCUGUCAGUGGCAAACAGGCCCCGCUGCCCUAGUUCUGCUCAAACCGCCUUUCUUACCGCAUCCACACCUCUUCAGGCUUCAUGUGCUCUAAAUAUGUUUCAAGAUGGUCCUCAUGUCAGAGUUAAAAUCUUAAUAGCAUUGCAAGGUGUGGACUAAAACCCUGCCAUUUAUGCCAGUGCUGGUGAGAUUAAUGAGAAAAGUCAUAUGACUGUUAAAAUGAUGUAAUUUUAACUGAGAGUAAAUGUUAUAUUUCUGCAUUUCAGCCUCAGGGUGUGUUUGCAGUGUGGUUCAUUCAGAUUUUUAAUGAGGUUUUUACUCAGAUGUAAAUUAGACUGAUGCAGAAUUUGAUGGCAUGUGCAGAAAGAGCGUGUUGGAAAUGCUGUAAUGUCAUUCAUGCACUUUUAAUAUAGAGUCCUGUUCAGCUGGCUGUGGAGGGAGCUGUCUAAAAUCUGUGUAACAACCAGUGAUGUCAUCAGGUUCAGGAGAGGCAGCCUACAAAACAGGGCUGUCAAGUUAGAAAGAGUUUUGCUGUUUCCAAGAAAAAAGGUCUUGAAAUGUAAUGAUAUGGUGGCCGAGAACUGCCACUGCUGCUGCUGCAAAAAAAAAAAAAGAAUGCAAAAAAAAGAAGUCACAUUGGAUGUUACCAAUGUAAAAAAAGAAACCGAAGCCUGCUGCAAAUAAAAAAAGAAACGGUGCAGAUUAAAAAAAACAAAACGGAAACUAACGAUGCAAAAACAAAAAGUGCCGAUGCAAAAAAAAAAAGGUUACUUACUGCGAAAAUAAAAGGAUGCAAAUAAAAAAAGCCACAACAGAAGUGAGCUGCUGGGGACUAAUAAUGAUGAUGCACCAGUGUUUUACGAUCCAGGCACAGAAGACAACGGUGAGAAGAUAAACAAAGAAGUGGAAAAGUUAUUGUUUAAUUUCGCUUUGCAUGCUUUUUAAUGUGUCAUUUGGUUAGGCCAUGUAGCGCCUAAGUCGAUAUCAAGUUGAACUGAAGCGAAUACUACCCUGGCAUCCUCCAGUUCAACUUCACAGCGUCUCAGGCGCUACAUGGCCGAACCAAAUGACACAUUGAAAAGUUUACUAAGUGAAAUUAAACAAUAACCUUUCCACUAACUUCUUUGCUCGUCUUCUGUGCCUGGAUCGUGAGACGCUAGUUCAUCAUCAUUAUUGGUCCUCAGCAGCUCACUUCCGUCGUGGCUAUUUUUUAUUUGCAUCCUUUUUUUUGCAGUAAGUAACUUUUUUAUUUUUAUCUUAUAUUUUUUGCAUCACAUCGUUAACUUCCAUUGUGGCUUUUUUAAAAAGAAUUUUAUCUGCACCGUUUCUUUUUUUUAUUUGCAGCAGUGGCAGUUCUCGGCCAACAAAUAUAGUUUGUGAGCGCAGAGCAAGCAGCAAAAAAAGAGGUCAUCCCAGUGGAGUACAUAAAGCGGGCAAAGGGAGGCAAUCGACCUGCAGGUGUCCUUAUGAACAUGCAGCAAAAGUGCCAUCUUGAGUGUCUUUGCGGUAGAUAAAACAUUAUAAAACACCUUGGCAACAUAAAUUACUUGAAAAUCUGACAUUGUUGGUGUCCUGCUAGGGAAUAAAAUCCAAACAGAAUGUCUUUGAAGGCCCUGUCAGCGUGUAGGGGUAAACGAAGUGAACUCAGGAUGCUCUUCCUGGUUGUAAAUGUAAACAAAGUACCCCCAGGAUGCCCUGCAAGUGUGUAAAUGUAAACAAUGCUCUUCUAGGUUGUAAAUGUAAACAAAGGACCCUCAGGAUGCCUGUGCAGUGUUAAAAAUGUAAAGAAAAAGCCCCCGCAAUGUUAAUUUUGUUAACAAAAAUUGUAAUGAUGAAUGUUCGUCAAUGACCCUUUUUUUAACGAAGUAGAGACGAUGACCUGCUGAACUACAUAACUAAUAAUAAAAACUCUGACGUAUAUAGAUUUGUUUCAUAAAUGAGAGAAUGAGGAGUUGAAGGGUGCAGAGUUCAUUUAGUCACUCAUCUGUAUUUUAGUAUAAUACAUGAUAUACUAUGAUAUAGUCUAAGGUCGUAACCUCAUUUUUUUCUAGUUUAGAGACACGCUAGUGAACAAAUUUAAAUGAUAAAUGAUAAACUGCAAAUUAUUGAAGAACGACUUAAAGACAUGACGGGACACACACAGAAACAAUGAAAGGCUCAAUCCUCUGUAGCACCUCAGUAGAUCAGCAAAGGCAGCACAGCAGCAUUGCACUGGUAAGAGAGUCCUAGGAAAGGAAUCCAGACACUCCACAAGGUUAAGUGUUAAGAUAGUAAAACACCACAGAUUUAAACACUAGUACCAGUUCAUGAUUAAUUGAUUGAAUUAGAUGGAGGACAGAAAAGAUUUUGCCUCACGGUAAUGACUAAAGUGUGAUGACUCUUGAUAGACUCCAAUAGACUUCUACUGCAUGGCUUAAGAAUCAUCUGGUGUAGGUUUUCUGGGGCUGAUAUACCAACAGCGUGAGCAUGAAUGUGCUAAAAUAAAUGUGUUUAUUGAACGCGCUCAUGUUUUGCUGACAGAUACUGAGGUCUGGGUUUUACAGCAGUUGAGGUUAGAUUUACGGCAUUGAGUGUGUGCAUUUGGUAUGGAUGCUGCGAGCAAUCGGGAGGCUGAUGUUGUUCACGGUGUUUAUUAGGAAGGAUUAUGAACUAAUCAGGGUAGACUCUGAUGGACCAAAAACAACCUUUUAUAGAUUUAUAGAGGUGCAGCAGUGAAUUAUUCACUGUCUUUGUUCAAUUCACUUCUUUAGAGGCAGGUUCUGACAUUAAUACUUUAAGGUUUGAACCUGCUCAUUGUUCGACUCUCGUCUGAUGAAGCUCUGACAGGCUGAGAGCUUCGCACAUUACUGUGAAAAUUACACCGACUGAGUGUGUGUGGAUAUCUUUAUUUCUACAUUUGAAUUCUUUUAUAUUCCUGCAGGCUGAGUCAUAGUCAUCUCACUGUUAAUUAUGUUUUAGAGGUUUUGUGUUCUCCUUUUAAAUCUUUGCAUAAACACUCAUGAGAAUGAAGGAAACGAUGUGUUUAAUGCUCUAAAGGUCCUGAGGCAGGACUUGUAGACCCUCUCUUAUACUGCUUGUGCCUCGGUAUUUUUAAAUGAGUCCUCUGCUGUCUCUAUCAGGACUUUGUUGAUCACAGCUUUUGUGUGCUUAGUGGCCCGUGGCAUAGAGCAGGUGUUUUUUUCAUUUGUUUUUUCAAACAGCCUGAGUACACCGCUGGGUCAUCAUGUAGACUUCUCUUUAAAGCUGGGAAUUUGGCACUUCAGCUGAACUCAUGUGGUUUUUAUUGAAGCCAGAAGUGGACAUAUUCGUGAUAUCUGUGAGAAUGGUGUGUAGGCCUGAAGACAUCAGUACCUUUAGUAAUUUAUGAUUACCAACAUUGUAUUUAAAGGGAUACUCCGGCUUAAGGUUCAAAUCCGGCUCAGGGCGUUUCUAUGUGGAGUUUGCAUGUUCUCCCUGUGUCUGCGUGGGUUUACUCUGGGUACUCCAGUUUCCUCCCACAUCCCAAAAACAUGCCCUAAGUGGGGUUAGGUUAAUUGGCCACUUUCAAAUUGCCCGUAGGUGGGAAUGUGAGCGUGGAUGUUGUUCAUCUCUAUAUGUCAGCCCUGCAAUGAACUGCCGACUUGUCCAGGGUGUCCUCUGCCUUCGCCCAAAGAUGAUGGGAUAGGCUUCAGCCCCCCUCCGCAACCCCUAACAGCAAUAAGGGGUAGAAAAUGGAUGGAUGGAUUCCUGGAUUAAUUUCCGUAAAAUUAAUGUAGGGUCAAACAGACCAUAACACAGAGUUAGACACCUCCUCAAGAGAUGAAUAUUGCUGACCGCUUGCUUCUCUAGUUAUACCAACUUUAGUAACAACCGCACAAUAGCAAUACACAGUGGUAUGAGGAGCCAUAAACAAACCUCAACCAAAACGCCACUCUAUAGCUACAAAUAAUGCUCAGAACAGCACCUAACUUCAUCAACAGUACAUAUAGGGUCCCAGCCACAGAACUAGUCACCAAACAUCUUUUUAACUUUGCCUAAUUUCUUUAGCAAAGAGACUCAACACAACUCACCUACUCUCUUCCGGCAGCCGCUUGUUUGUAGCGAGACCUCGGGCCAGUCCAUUAUGGACAACAGCGGGGUGACGCAGCUCAAGGAAGAACAUUUAUGAUCAUUUCUUUAUCAUUUCCUUGAAGUAAUAAUCACCAUAUUAAUCAUUUUGCACUGCAGAUGCGGUUGUUCUUCUGCCUCAGAGUCUCGGUCUGGUUGCAUUUCCAUGACGACCGGUCUCUGUACAAAUGCUGGAAUAUUCCUUUAAGUUGGUGAAAAAAAAAAAAAACAGAUUCAGAGGAAACAUUCCCACUAAACACUAAGUACGCCUUCACUCAGAGUAUUCGCCAUGUUCUUGAAAUUAUCAGCCAUCAUUCGAUCACUAAUACAAGAGGAAACAUAGAGUUUUUCCAUGGAGUUAAUUAGUUCAUGCUGAUCAGCUUGUGGGAGACUGUAACGCUGAUCAAUGUUUGCUUGCUGAUGUGCCAUGAUUUCCCCGGUGCAUAUUGUGCUCCUGUUGACCAUUAACCUACCUUACAUCAUGCAACAUUUACAGUGUGUGUAUAAAUGCAAAUCAGUUUAGCAUCUCAGUUUCAUUAUGAGAAUUGUGUGAAGUGUUUUGGGGGCUUUAAAGGUUAGGGUAUUUUCUUCCUUUAACCUGUCUCUGUAAAUCUGAUAAAAUAAGGGUGUCAUGCUGAAUCACAGGACUGUGUCAGUAAAGAGAAUAAACUUUAUAAUAUCUCAAUCUAAAGACAUCCUGCCCACAUAUCUUCAUGUCCUCUCUUCUUUAGUCAUACCCUUCAUUCUGAACAGUGAAGCUCACUGGCUGACCUCAAAUCAGCCUAAUGGGCCCCUCCCACAUAUUGGCACUGUGUGUCACCACCAUUUGUGGUGUCCAUGGCAACGUGCACACAAAAUUACUCAUAACUCACGCAUGAGCACACAGCCAAUACCCAUCCAUGCCACCACCUAUUUGAGUGGCACCCUGCAGCUUUAGCCAGUACAGUGCAGCACAGGAGGAGUGUGUGUGCGUGUGUGUUUGUAUGUGUGUGUGUGUCUGUGAGUGUGAGAGUGUGUGGGGGCUGUUACAUGUUCUGCAUGUGGGCAGGAGAGGCAGGUCUGGCUUGUGCAUGUGAGUGUGUCAGUGUGAGAGAGUGGGGGAGGGCGGGGGUAUCAUAGGGGGGAUACUGUGUCCCUCAGGCAACAUGAAUGUAGGCCAGUGUCUGUGUGGCACAGUGAAAAGGACUAUGGCCUGCUUUUGGACUGACAGUGUAAAUGGAUUCAUGCAAACAAACACACACUCACACACUCUCUCCAUAUAGAAAAUAUGACAAACUUGUGUCAUUUUUGAGCUGUAUGAUAAAUUUGUGUCCUCUGUUGUCCCUCCUCCUCCUCUUCCUCCUCCUCAGGGCUGUGGGUAAGACCUGUCUGCUGAUCAGCUACACCACCAAUGCCUUCCCUGGUGAAUACAUCCCCACUGUGUGAGUAACAGCACACACUGCACACAAGCAGUCACCUGACAGAGCUAGUGCUUUAAUUUUAGAGGACGUCUCCGUAUUUAAGGCUGAGUGCUGUGACCCAACACGACUUUCACUGCUCUCAGUCUCAAACCUCUGCAUGACGCUGAAGUGAUAACUCAGUGAAUCAGACAAGUGUGUGGUGAUGUUCUGUAGUGCUUUGGUUUGUGUCUAGGGCUGUCAUUUUACAUACCUUCAUUAGGAUGCAGUCAAGCUAAUUGAAGAAAUUUUUUUCUUUCAAUUGUGCUAUUUUGUCCCUUUCUGCACACCAUAGUUCAGCAGCUGCAGUGUCACCCUGCUUCUUGCUGACAUCAUAGUGAAAAAUAACUUUUGAAUGAUUUAAUUCACUUUUUAAAAAAAAACCUCUUAGAUGAUAAAUCAGAAAUUAUUUUGUGUCAAACUGAAUUCAAGCCACACAGACUGUUUAUAUGAUGUCAAAAUAAUUACCUCAUUGUUUUCGUCUGGUUGAAAUUGGACCUUUUAAAUACAUAUUAACACUUAAGUCUGACUGAAAUCAAAGUUAUUUUUUUCCAUUCAAACCCAAAUCUUAACCUCUGACCAAUCAGAAUCAAGAAGGGCGGGACUUGUGGUAACGUCUUUAUUAGGUAACAUCCUCAUGAACUGAUCAACUUUGUUUUAUGAAGGUACGAGUUUCCAGAUUGAGAGCUGCAGCUCAUGCUCUGACAUGAUUUCUAUAAACCGGUUUUAGGUUUUCUUUAAAAAAGGACUUAAGAAACUAUGAAACAUUUAGCGCAUUGUCUCUGCUGUGUCAUGGGACUAUUCUGUUGCCUAGCAACAGUUAAUGUUUGUGAAAUAAAUGUUGUGGUCUCUGCCAGUGCGUGAAAAAGCCUUAGUGAACACGACCCCUAGGUCACACCUGGGCUGGCUUUGGGUUUUCUGGUUUUUGGAAGAGAAUCCAGAUGAUGUAGUUCAAUCCUGUCCCCAAAGCUGUGCUCAAUAUUCAGUAAUCCAAACCAACAUGGAGGUGUUUGACUGAGCUCAGUGUCCCCUCUUCACAGCUUUGACAACUACUCUGCUAAUGUCAUGGUGGAUGGGAAACCAGUGAACCUGGGCCUUUGGGAUACAGCAGGACAGGAGGACUACGAUAGGCUCAGACCACUGUCUUACCCACAGACGGUAUUCAAACCCUUUCUCCCACACACACACACACACACACACACGCGCGCACACACAUACACUCGCUCAGUCCUUUCUGAAACCUUGAAAGCAUUUCAAGCCUGUAGACCACCGUCAGGUCUGAGUCAAGAUUUAUCUCAGUAAUGUUCAUGUUCUGAUUGGGCAGGAAAUACAGAAAAUAUAACACUUGACUUAGUUAUAAAUCCAGUCAAACUAGCUAAUUGAGGAUUGGAAGACAAGCAACAAACCAUAGUGCACAUAUUUAUAUCAUGAUGCCAGCUCUUAUACAGAUACAAAGAGCAUAAUACUAAAGCUCCUGGGAGGAACUGCCAGUUUGUGUGGAAUUUGGUGCCCUAAAUAAAUAUGUUAGCUAACACCAAAAAUGUGCAAAAAAAACUGACUGACAGCAGCACUUUGAAAAAGAUAAACCUAACAGUUAAGGUUAUUUCUGGUGAUCUCACUCCCUGCUGUGGCUCAUAAAGACACAUGAAUAUAUGAAUACAAAUCUCAGCCUGUUCAGUAAGUGUAAAAUCUCCUCACAGGAGCUUCAACUAUAUUUUCAUUUAAUUAAUAGGGAUGUAACUAUCAAAAUAUCUAAAAAAGAUAAAUAUUUAGAUACAUACAACAUUUGCUCUGUGUAACUGCCUGACGAAUUUGAUCCUAAAAUGCUUUUUUUCUAGCUCAGGCUAAACUAACUUUAUUCUCUCUUUCUCUCUCUCUGUCUUUCCUUUUUCUAGAAUUUUAAGCCUGAGUUUAAUUUUUUCUCAGCAUAUCAUUAUGAUGUUUUCUCAAUUCCUCCACAGUGUAUGGCUUUUCUGGACAGGGAUUUUCCCGCCCAGAUCUUGACAGCAUCAUAAUGUAAACAUGUUUUACCUCGCCCAGUUUCCUGCGAUCUUUAACACCACGUUGGAUCAGGAUUUGUUACCGUGGUCUUUGUUGUUCCCUUUUCCCUGCACUCUGAUCCACUGCGGCUGAAACAAAACUACACUCUCUUCCUGGAUCUGGAACCAUCACAGGUUCAACACAAUAUCGGUCCUGUGGUGUCGUGAUAUUGCGAUAUUUUUACAUCCCUGUUAAUUAAGUGAUUUGAAGUUUUAUUCUUGGCAUCAUGGACGUUACAGAUAUGCUUUCAUCUUUAGAAAGUCGACUUUAAAUCAGAAAAUCCAACCGAGUUUAUGGUCAAACCUGGUCUGAUUUAAGCGAAACAUUUAACUGAGUCUGGAUUAGACGCACACAAGCGAACACGCUCAGGCACACACACACAUAGACCUAGAUCUCAACUCGCCGUCUCUUUGGUUCUCUCCCAGGAUGUGUUCUUGAUAUGCUUCUCCCUGGUCAGUCCGGCCUCCUUUGAGAACGUCCGAGCUAAGGUCAGUACGCUGACCCGCCACCUCCCCUUCCUUUACCCCAACCCCCUCCUCUCCACGCCGAGUCUGACCACAAGGAGGCACAUCUUUGGCUCCACCUGGUUUAUCACAGCGCCCUGAACCGCUCUGACCUCGACUCAGAAGGGUCUGGGUUUUGAGCUGACCCUCCUGCGGGGGGGUUCAGCACAGAGACCUGUUGUGAAUCGAGGUCUGAACGGGUCUCGCACUCUGCAGGGGGAGUGUGAUGGCCGGCUGUGGUUUGGUCUGGUGAGCAUCAUGAGACGCUCUUGGAUGAAAUCACACUUUUGACGGUCUGACGUCCCUCUGCAGAGUCUGUAGCUUCUGGUCUGAUAAGGUUUUCUCAUUGUGUCAUGGGAUUGGGGGUUUCUGUGCCCGAGGAUGUCUCCGUUUCUGUGCCUCCAUUCACACAGAUCUAUUAAAGUCUACUUAUUUCUUCUUCCACCACAUGUUGUCAUGUAAAGACGCUAAUGAACUCUUUCUUCUCUCCCACUGACUUUGUCUUCUCUACAUACAUAUAUAAUGUGCGUUUGUGUGUGGGGUGCCCUAGUGGUACCCUGAGGUGAGACACCACUGCCCCAACACACCCAUCAUCCUGGUGGGCACUAAGCUGGACCUGCGAGAUGACAAGGACACCAUCGAGAGGCUGCGAGACAAGAAGCUGUCCCCUAUCACCUACCCGCAGGGCCUGGCCAUGGCCAGAGAGAUCGGUGAGGUCUUGUGUGCUGCAUGAACAGCUGUACAGUUUCUCUGAUGAGGAGGUGUUUAGUGACCAUUCAGAGAUCAAACAAGUGAAUAUGAUUGAUUCAUUUCUCAUGUCACAUAAACUGGUUUAGAUCAGUACAACAAAUCAGCAGAAGUGAACCAGCUGUCAUUACUGCAGUGGCAUCUUUACUAAACAUCUGCGUGUUAUAAUGCAAGCUCUAAAGUCUGAAAAAUGAUUCAUUUAUACCUUUUACUUUUUAAGUUUACUUUUGGCAACAAUGGAGGCGACCUGUAGGGGAACCUGUUGAGACUCAGCUUCUCUAUUAGUCAUCAUCCAAUUAUGUCAUAAUCAUUUGCGAUUUUGCCUCUCUCUGAGUGACGGUCCUCUUCUACCUGUUAUCCUAAUCAAGAUUCUGCAUGUAGUCAUUACAUCAGGUUGCAGUUGAGAAUAAAUAAAUAAAUUAAUAAUGAAAAAAUACAUGCUUAAAUUUUUAAAAACAUUAGCUGAUGUUGCGUAUCUGUGACAUUAUAACUAGAAAAGUAGAACAAUAAUAACAAGGUUAAAGAAGUUUUGAAGUUUUUGUAAUAUGGAAUCUUUGUCAGGGAUCAGACCCCAAAAAAAUUAAAAACAUUGUGACAUCUGAAAAAACUAAAAUCACAAAAGGUAUUCCUCCACAAUCAUCCACAAAAGAUAAUCCACAGGGUUUAAGAGUCACUACAUUAGGGUGAUCAUAUUCUGAAUCCCCAAAAAGAGGACAUUACCACAUAGGGUGUAGUUGUGUGCGCAAAAUUUUGAUGGUUUUUCAGGUUGGGUCGAGUGCUUUACGUGUUUCUAACUGAGUUAAACGCAUAUUCUGAAUUACCAAAAAGACAUUUAACCUGGCUUCUUGGAGAUACUGAAAAUACUCAAACAAUAUAUUCAUUUAUCUAAAGCAUUUCUGCUCAACAAAAUUAUCAGUCACAUGCAAAUGUCUCUCCCUAUUCUUUCGCUCACUGGCAGACAGUGCAGGCAUGUGUCUCAUCAGUGGCUUUGCAUGGAACUGAGUGGAGGAGCAGAGAGCACUGAUGUGCUGCACUUUUUUGUAAUGAAUAAAUACACGCUCAGAGUGUGUUUCCAAAUGAACCAUUGAACAUGUAGAGUAAAUACAAUGGUCCUUGAUGUGAAGAUUAAGUACACGCUACACAAAAUUAAAAACUAUGGAAGCCCAUUUCCGCCAGUGACAAAAAAAAUUUGUCACUGGCGGAAAUUUGAUUUUAUAAAUUCCCCCCUGGACAGCCCCCCAGGAGGACAUAUGGUCACCCUACACUACAAACAUGCAAUAAUAAAUGCUCUAAGCCUACCUCAUACCAACUACAUCAUAACACCGCUGCAUACAUCAGUAACCCGGCCCAGUCUGUCUGAAUCCCUCAUUGGUGACCCCUCUCAGGCUUGAUUAUCAAUAUUAACUAAUAAUAUGUUAAACGAUGAAGAUCAUCAGACAGAGCAGAGCGUUUUUAACCAAAUUUGAAUUGCAGACUUUUAAAACAAUGAUGUGUGUUUAUCCACCAUAGGCAGCCAAAAAUGAACAAGGUAUUAUUUUUGGAGAGCAACUUUUCUGUCGUGCAUCAAUCCGAGUAGUCAGUGAGUAAACAGCUGUCUCAGUCCUGCUUCAAAGAAAGAUCUCAAACUCUUCAAAAUAGGCCUCAUAAUAGAGUUGUGUAUUAAAGGGUAAAAAUAACUUCUGCUGAUGAGAGGUCUCACGAUAAGCUGAACUUCCAUGAGGACUGUGUCUUUGUGCUUGUGUUAAAAAUGAAAUCUACAGACAUUUUCUCUAUAAGUUUAUUUAGUUUUAAAACAUUAAAUCUUUAAGCAAACUGCUUAGUAUUCAUUAUGCUAGUGUUUGUUGAUGGUAAUAACCGUGAUCUAAAGGAUUUUAAAUGUGAUCCAGUGUGCCGGUACUCACAAAGACAAGCCUCAGUUAGUUGGGGAUGUAAAUGGAAACGUAUCCUCUUUAUACUGAGUCUCCCUUAAAGCUGAAAACAAGAUUUUUGAAAUGUAAGUUGUUCACAGAGCAUUCGAGAGAGCUCCUGAAGUGGAAAACUAUUGAGAGGAGAGAGGAGGACAUUGUCUUUAAAAAGGCUAAAGAGUUAUUUAUGACCUACAGGAACAGACUCAAACACCUAUCAGUCUCAAUGAGUCCAUCUUUAGAUUGAUCUUGGACAUUGAAUAUAAAUUUAGAGUUUAAUAAUUACUUUUAGAAGUGUGAUGAUCAGACUGAUUGAUUUCACCGUUCUUCUCCCACCUUGAGAGAAGAAGGGUGGAUCAGCCAAUCACAGCUUUGUUGUGAAAAUCUCUUUCCUCUCUGGCCUCUUUUUCCCUCAGGGGCGGUGAAAUACCUGGAGUGCUCGGCUCUGACCCAGCGAGGUCUGAAGACGGUAUUCGACGAGGCCAUCCGAGCAGUGCUCUGCCCUCCGCCCGUGAAGAAGAGGGGCAAAAGGUGCACCAUGUUCUGAGGAGGAAACACUACUGAAACACUUACACCACAUCACCAUAAACAACAACAACAACCACUACUUCUCUGAGAGGAUGAGCGAGAAACUAGUGAGAGUGAGUGUGCACUGCUGAGAUUGCUUUCUUUAUAUUGAUGUUUUUUCAAAGCGAUAUUGGUGACAAGAGCCAAUGCUCAAUUGGAUUUUUUUACCAUUACUGAAUAGGUUCAUAGCUUCUCUGUGAAAGACAUUUACUGUCCACCUACUUUGUACUCAUCCAGCUACAUCAAGUUGCCAUGAGGGCUGACAAAGGUUUCUAUUACUCGUCUUCAUACCACAUCAUCUCUUCUUUCUCAGCCAUGCUUGCUUGAUUUAAUGCAGUGUCGACUUAAGUAGAAAGUGAACUGUGAAAACGCCUUCAGGUCUGAAGUUACCCUCAGCUCCUGAUCUGAGGUCAGCAUGUGAACACAAAGUACCAGCAUGAACACAGUUAAAAGCUGAACACUACUUCCAGCAUUCACUCAACUUCACUGAUCCAGCAUGUUGUCUACAUCGGAAAUAAAAUAGUUUGUGAUUUAGACGUGAGAGCGAUACUUGAUAUUGAAUAGAGACUCCAGUUAUCCACUUAAGUAGGAUUCGUUUUGUGUUUCUGCUCCAUUUUCUAAUCAGUAAGAUGUCGUACUCACAAAUUUAAUCACCAAGUCGAGUGAAGACAACGUCUGAGGAGCCAAGAAAUGUAGGAAAGUGCUUCAUAGCAGCUCCUGAUUUUCAAUCGUCUUAAAGCCCGUGAACUGAGGGGCUUUAAGUCAAAAUCACAGACUGUAUAUAAGAACUGGACUUUUGCUUAAGUCAAAGUCAAAGACACUCCUGGAUAAAUAUUGGUCUGGUCCAAGUGAAAGUUCUCAGUCUGAUUUGGAUUAUUAAAAAACUGCAGUAGUAUUAAUUAACAAGUACUAAUUAACACGCUGCUGAUCUCUAGAUUUUCAGCUGCAGAAUAUCAGGAACAAUAACAGAAAAAAAAACAGCUAUCAAGUUAAAAGAAGCACAGACAGCCUGGUUUGAAAUGUUAACAGAUGUUCGGUUACACCCCUCAACUUGUUUUUCACAGCUCGGAAACAGAGAAAACAGAGAUGCAAAUGAAUUAAAGAGAAUAAAUCCUCCUACCCACUAAAAAGAAAAACACAAAAGUAAAGAUACUCAAGUACUGUAGUUGAGUAAAUUAACUUUGCUCCCGAUCUCCACAGAUGAUGAUACUUGAAGAGAAGAGCAUAUUUGAAUUCUUAUGCCUCUAUAUGGAUUGAAAAAUCACCAUGGCAAAGAAUAAUGAUCAUGAAAAAGUUUUUUACUCAAUAUACGUACUGAUAAAUGAGCACCUCCCUCCUUUUAGUUUUUCAUGGAAAAAGACAAAGACUUAAUAGAGUCAUGUACUCUUAAUGGGACCAUAAUACAUGACAAAGUCUUUGAAUUAGUGACUGAGACCAUGAAUAGAUAAGGAAAAGUUUGUGGCGAUAAGUCCUGUAACAUGUAGAUGAUUUUCUCUCACAGCCAGCUAACUUAACUCGCCUCCUGGUGGCCAAAAGCAGUGUCUGCUUAUCUGAGACCGUGAAGCUCUGACUUCAUUUUAACCAGCUGAAAGAUUUUCUUCACACUUCUUUUGUACAGUCUGAAAUGUUCAACGAUGCCAAAUCCUCCCAGUAAAUCAAACUCAAACAGAGAAGAUCAGAGCCAGGCUUCUGGCUGCUCCUGUUCUCUGCUCUCAUAGCUCUGAGGACCUUUCAUUGUGUCUCCUCUGGGUCAUCUUUGCUACAGAAGAGACGUGAGUUAGGCUUCUGAAGACAGUCUAGAGAGUACAACAGAGGAUCAGGGCCACAUUAGGGAAGAAAAGAGAUCAAGAUGAUGAGAAUAAUGAGAAGAGUUGUACAAAAAUAACUUUAAAGGAGAAUAACGUCAUAUUGUUACAAAAAUACAAAUUCAUAUUAUUGAAGGAAUGGAUUUCUAAACUGUAAGUAAAAGUUUUGCUAAUGUUCAAUAUUAGACACACCAUCUUACCGACUGACUGCUCAUCAGGUGUCCACUGUCACAACAGCAGAAACAUACAUGCUAAAAAUUCACUGUAAUGACGGUUUCACUAUCAAAACGUUACUUAACCUAAGUGAACUGUUUUAAAUCUUGUAACACCUCGGUAACCUCAGUAUAAUCGUAACAUAACACCUGUGUUCUUAUAAUAGGAGGACUUAAUUCUUGUAACAGAACGACUCUGUUCCCCCAACAUAACGACAACAUUACAGUUAAUUGUCUUAAAAACAAAAUGAUUUCUUCCUGUAACAUAAUGUUUGAUAAAGUCCUGACAUAACUACUUUAUUCUGAUAACCUAUUGACAUUGUGCGUUCAAAAAGACUUGAAUUACAUAACAGUACGAACAACUUAAUCUAUAACAUUUAAUCUUUAAUGAGUCUUAACUACUUAAUUCUCAGAACAUAACGACUUUACUCAUGUAUCAUUACAACUUUAUUCUUGUAACUUUUUAAUUAACCACCUUAAACAUAACUUUAUUAGUAGCUUUAUUCUUGUUGCCUAACAACUUGUAUUCUCGUAUUAUAAUGACUUUAUUCCAAUAACAUACGGUUUAUUAUAUUUGUAACUUCACUUCCUUAUUCUCGAUACCUUAAGACUUAAUUCAGUCGUUAUAACUUUAUUCUUGUAACAUCUCCGUCUGUAUUAUCAAAGCACAAUGACUUUAUAUUAUAACAAUAACUUCACUUCUUCAACAUAAAAAAAGCAUAAACAUAAUAAUAAUGAACCCUGACAUUUUGAUUCAUUCUUGUCACCAAUUGACUUUAUUCUUGUGACAAUAUGAUGAAUAAUUUUUGUAACACAAUGACUUUGUUCCUCUAAUCUUUUGACUUUAUUGCAGUCACAUAAUGUCUUUAUUCUCGUGAGAUAUCAGCUCUAAUCUCAAAAUCUGGUUUUGUUUUUUGAAUACAGUGGCCCUGAUCCUCCGAUGAGAAAAACAGAUCUUUUAGUCCAGAACAUUCUGUCAGAUAACCCUCACAGUGUUGCUCCUCUAAAUGUGCAGGCCAGUCUGUUCCUUCACUGAGGCUCUUCCUUCACAUAAAAACGCAUUAAAAAACCAUCUGAUCUCAGCCAGGAGUCUGUUGGUAACUUCAUCUAACUGUGAACAUGUGACGGACGAGCAUGCCAAACGUGGAGGCUGUACAACCUUGCUGCCUGAGUUCUGCCUCUGGAGGUGGAGGAGCUUGCAUGGGUCUUAAAAUAUUCUGUCUUAAUUUAUCCCAUUGUUUAGAUCUUGUCUCUGUUCCUCUGUGUGAGCGUAUGUGCGUGUGCGUGAGUACAUGUGUGUCUGAACACUGGUGUGAGUGUGUUUGUGUGUGUGGAUGAGCACAUGUCGGUGUCAGUGAGACGGCUCUGUUUGACAGUUUGGGGUAGUGCAUAAACGACAGUAUUGUUUUAAGCCAAGUUUUUUAGUGUCCAGUUUUUGGUACGAUUUCAUAUUGUAUUGUAGUAAAAAAAAACACGAGACUUUUCAAUAAUCUGUGGACAUAAAGAAAGAAAAAAUGGAUAUUAAUGACAUCCCGUGAUGUACAGAAUAAUCCUUAGAAAAGGAAUGCAUUAUGAAUAUCUAUCUACAUGUACCUGAAUAUUUAGCUCUUAAAACUAAAACAAUUGAACCUAAAGGGAUUCUAGUCGCUCAUGUUGAAGUUAGAAGUGUUGCUAACGGUGUACAAUAAAGGAGCCAAUCUCUGUGGAGUUUGUCGCCGUGGCAAACAGUGCAGAUUGCACCUUUAUGACAUGCAUUUCUGUAUGGUUGCAGGUCUGCAGUGUGUCUGUCUCCCCUCUGUGGCGAGACGCAGCACUGCAGUCCACUCCGUCACGCUGUCUUUGGUUGGCAUAGCAAACUGUGUGGUCGACUCGUGUGUUGUGGUCCUGCCUACUAGCUGAGGUGUCCAAAUGUAGCGGAGAAACGCAGCGAAAAUUCUAAUCUACUAUUGCAUGGAAGUUCUCUGGUUAUUUGACCCACUGUAAUUCUUAGGAGAGGCUGUAUGAUGAAAUGCAUUGGCCAUGUACGUAUGUAAUGUAAGAUGACUUGUAUACUUGUUCCAACUGUUUGUCUUAUUUUUUAUUACUUCACAUGUCUGUGUGGUGAAAUAUUUCAAUUUUUUGUAUACUAAAUACAAAUGUAUAUGUAAGGAAAUCUCUGGUCUCUGCUGGUUUGUUCCUC